CUUAUUCAGUCUUGAUGCUACCCAAGUCCCGAAGGUGAAUUAUCCGGGAAGCGGGGGAGCACUUGCAGAGGAUUAACUCCAGUUUCCUCUCGCCUCGUGCAUGCCUAGAACACGAAUUGAGUCUUUUUAUCGAUUGACUAUGUGAUUAAGAUACUUAGAAACCGAUGAUACGAACCUAUUUAGAUUGGGGGGAUUGAAUUGUCAGCAACACCGGAGAAGCCGCCAAAUAUGCCUCCUCAGUCAGAUAUUCACUUAGAUGUUAUUGUGAUAGGUGCUGGUAUAAGUGGUCUAGCGGCCGCCAUAGAAACCGCGUUGUCCGGUCACCAUGUGGUCGUGUUUGAGGCGGCGGGCGGACUCCACGAGAUAGGAGCGGGUAUAAUAAUAACUCCAAAUUCAUCACGCAUACUGAAGCGAUGGGGUCUCUCGGACAGCUUAUGGGCGUCGACAACUGAGUCUGCGCCCCUCGCAAUCCGCAGCUACACUGGUAGGCUAUUGGUCUCGGAUGGAGACUUUUGUAAGACAUUGAAGGAGAGAUACAAUGCGCCUUUCGCCUUUUUACACCGUAUCGACCUACAAACAGCACUUUACGCGCGGGCUAAAGAACUCGGUGUGGGUUUUCAAUUCGGGACGAGGAUUAGCAACGUGAACUUUGAGACAGGAGAAAUUAUAAGUCAAUCGGGCGUAAAGACACGAGGAGACCUAGUCAUUGCUGCCGAUGGCUUGUGGUCGCUUUGUCGAGCACACUUCCUUCCUAGGGACUUCGAGGGUGUCCCGAGACCAACAGGCGACUUAGCAUAUCGGGUAGUCCUGACUUUAGAUCGAAUAGAGGACCCGGAAUUGAGGGAAUGGAUUGCCAAUCCGAGAAUGUCCAUGUGGAUUGGUCCGAAAUCACAUGUUGUUGGAUAUUCGCUGCGAAAGGGGACUGAGUUAAACCUUGUCUUGGUAACUCCGGAUGACCUUCCAGCAGACGUCAGCCGACAAGCAGGCUCCGCUGAUGAGAUGAGGGCGCUUUUUAAGAACUGGGACCCGAUCUUGAAUAGGUUCCUAGCAUGCGUUCAUUCAGUAAAAAAGUGGAAAUUAAUACAUCGAAAGGAAAUGCGAAGAUGGAUUCACACUUCUGAGAAUAGCAACUUCGUUUUCGUUGGCGAUUCCUGCCACCCCAUGCUACCCUAUAUGGCCCAAGGGGCCAAUUCGGCGAUAGAAGAUGGCGCGGUGAUUGGCCGUUUGCUCCUGCAUAUCCAGACAAAAUAUCAAAUAGGAAAAGCAUUGGGAAUGUAUGAGCAACUUCGAAAGCCGCGAGGUGACGCAAUCGUGAAGGAGACUUUUAGACAGGUAUCCCGCCACACAGCCACUCAUUCUCGUAGAAGCACCGCUGAUAUCCGUGAAUGAAAUUAGCGUGAAGUAUUCCACAUGGCUGAUGGCCCUCAGCAACAUGCGAGAGACGAAUUACUCAUAUCCCAAACAGAUAAAUCGACCAAGGAGGCUCCUUUCCCAAUCCGCUGGUGUUGUCCUCAGGUUCAACCAUGGUUAUUCGGUUAUGAUGCUUGCGCGGAAGUCGAUAAGGCUGUUGGUGAGGAUCCUUUCGUUACCGAGAAGGAUGAAAAUGCAGAUUUGAGUCAUGACGACAGUGGCAUUGCUUUACAAAGCCAGUAGGAUCUCAACCUAAGCACGUCUAGCCCAGUCUAGAUUAAUCGGAUCGAUAAUCGGGGUAGUACAAAGGUCAAAAGCAAGAAUUGAACAUAUCAG